AACCAGUUCUCCCUCAGUGACAUGUUUCUCUCAUUGUUCUUUUCAGUGUCAUUACUCUGUUGCCAAAGCAGCAGCUUUCCUGGGAAUUGGCACCAACAAUGUUUAUGUGAUCCCGUCAGAUAAGAGAGGGAAGAUGAUUCCAGCAGAGUUUGAGAAGCAAGUACAGAGAGCCAAAGAUGAGGGAGCGUUGCCCUUCAUGGUGAACGCCACAGCAGGGACCACCGUACUAGGGGCCUUCGACCCGCUGGAGGAGAUAGCUGACAUCUGUGAACGACACAAUCUAUGGAUGCAUGUAGAUGCAUGUUGGGGAGGAGGAGCCCUGGUGUCUAAGAAACACAGAUACCUGCUACAGGGCAUUCACAGAGCCAACUCAGUAGCAUGGAAUCCUCACAAGAUGCUGAUGGCUGGUCUACAGUGCUGUGCAUUCAUGGUUCGGGACAAAACGGUACGCUAAACACGGCCUCCUCUU